AUGGAAGAGCAUGCUGCCGAGUUGAAAGAGGCGCGCAAGUCGCGGAAACUUACAGACAAGGAAGAGCGGUUUCUCGCUGAGUACGAGUCUCUGAAGGGGGCCGGUUUGUUUGAACCGCCGCGGGUGCCUGGCGCGAAAGGCAAGCAGCAGGCCAAAAAAAAGAGUGCACCAGCUGCAGCUGCAGACGACGAGUAUACCUACUACUCGUCGAGCUCAGAGGUGGAGCCCCUGCAGGCGCCCAAGACACCGACCGAGCGCCGUAUGGCGAAGACUUUGUCUGAGGGGGAGGAGGAGGAAGAGAGGAGGAAGAAGGCGAGAGACGAGCGCCGCAGGGCGGAAGCUGAAAAGGCUGCAGAGAAGAAAAAGAAAGAGAGAGACGAGCGCCGCAGGGCGGAAGCUGAAGAGGAAGAGGAGCGCCGACAGUGGCGGGAGGAGGUGCAGAAGAGGGAGAGGAAGGCUGCAGAGCGCCAAAGGCGGCAGGAGCGCGAGGAGUGGGAGCGCUUGCGCGAGGAGCUGCAGGAGGAAGCGCGCGCUCGUCGCGAGGAACACGAAGAGCAGAUGCGCGAACUUCGCGAAACACAGAGACGCUGGCAGCGCGAGACCGCGGACGAAGCGGAAGAGUGGCGCCGUGCACGGCGGGAGGACAGGCGCCAGGAUUGGCAGCGCCCCGCACGGCGAGAUGAGCUGCCCGGGCGAUAUGAGCGCCCACCGCGGCGAGAGGAGCGCGCAACGUGGCGCGACCACCUCUUUCCAGCUUCCUCGUCCGAGGGGUGGGGGCGAGCUUCGCAGAGCUCCGCGGAGGACUCUCGCCGCGCGGGUGCGUCGGAUCGCAAAGGCGGCAGAAGCGGCAAAGGGCGUGGUACUCGCGAGAGCUACAUUGGUCGCGAGGUGGACAUACAGCCUGGUCAGCCGCUGGACAAGAACCGUGGUGGGGGCGCAACAAAAGUCGCCGUGUUGCUGAGCGCGUACGAUCGCGCUGGUGUUGGGGCGGAGCUCAAGGAGCUGGCUGAGCGGUUCUUGGAUGAACUCGGUGCGCGCACAACUCCCGUCGCGAACAACAGCUGGGCCGACAAGCUCAGGCGCCUGUGCACGGCGAUUGGUCACGACCAAGGGCGCGAGAUUCGCGAUAUGGCCGAAGACUACAGGCGCUUUCCUGCUGUGAAGGCUGCCAUGAACAAUCGGGCCUGGCAGGGAUGGCGGGAGCGCGGGUACC